AUGGUGCUUGUACCGUUCACUGGUAUAGACAAUCACCACUGCAAUGUUACAUUUGGUGAUGCAUUAUUGGCAUCAGAAACUGUUGAUACGUAUAUUUGGUUGUUGAGAGUUUUUCUAAAAGCUGUUGGUUCUCAACUAAAAGUUGUUGUCACUGACCAAGAUCCAUCAAUGAAGAAGGCUAUUUAUGUUGUAUUUGUUGACACGAGGCAUCGGUUAUGCAUGUGGCAUGUGAUGCAUAAACUUUCUCUGAAGGUUGGUGUUAGGCUAUGCAAUUCCACCAAUUUCAAAGAACGUAUUUGUGGUGUUGUGUGGACGGAUAUUCUUACACCCGAAGAGUUUGAAUCAGAAUGGGAAGUGGUUAUCGGAGAGUUCAAUUUAGCAGAUAAUGACUGGCUCUCUGAUAAUUUUGAUAGAAGCACAGCGUCACACGCACCAGAAAAUGAUCAUGAAUCUCGAUACAAUCGCCCGCAGUUGAAAAGUAAUUACCAAGUGUUGGAGGGCCAGGUUGCUGACAUAUACACGAAAAAUAUUUUUUGUGACUUUCAAGCUGAGCUAAUCGGAAUUGCAGAUAACAUAAAUCAACGUUACGAAGAUCAGCCCGAUGGUUGUUGUGGUUUUUUAUACAAACAUUCUCUGCAUGGCGUUAUAAAGAUAUUGUUUUUGGCGUUUUUCAGGCGUUUUGAGCAGUUUGGUUUGCUAUGUAGACAUAUAUUCUAUGUUUUGAGAAGUUUGGACAAUAGGGAAUUUACAAAACAAUACAUUUUGAAUAGAUGGCGUAAAGAGGCUUCCCCAAACUGCUCUUCCGAAAACUCAAUUAGUCGUGAAUAUAUGACCGAGCUUGAUCCCGAUGUGCAAAGUAUGAUGCGAGAAAUGAUUUUUUCAACGGAGUAUACUUUAAACCGUUUAUCUGGUAAUAAGGAUGAGCUAUCCUUAUACAAGGAUCAUGUUCAAUCUUAUAUGAAGAAGAUUCAAAAUAUGCAGAUUGUUGCUCCUCCCGCUAGUACUAGGGAUAUAUUUGCGGAGAUAAUCGGUCAAUAUAAAAAUGCCAAGAAUCUAAUAAGAGUCCCUGUUGGAUAUAAGUCGAAAGGUUCUGGAUUUCGGAAGCGCCUGAAAUCCAAACAGGAGGUAGCAAUCGAAAAAACGACAUCAAAAUCGAAACUCGGGGCCAAAGAAAGACAGUGUCAGAAGCAAAGGCUACGGACACUACGCAUCGACAUGCAAAAAGGCCGUAAUCGACACGGUCUUCGAGAGCAAGCGAAAAGUAGUUUGGCGUUUUUGUAUUUUUUAUUUUUACAGAACACAUAG